AUGAUCGGCAGGAUCCGCAACAACCUCUUCUGGACCAUUGCCGUCCUCUUUUUGGCCAAGUUCAUCGCCGUCGUUUGUACGCUUGACGACGCUCUGGGCAUUCGUGACUCAUGGAGCGAGGAGAUCGACGGCCAUCGUCGCUAUCCUGAGGAGUACGCUGGUUCUCUUCACUGGCGCGCGUCUGUUGGGCGCUUUCGCCGGCGCGUCCUACUUCUUCGUUCAGUGAGUAUCUGCACUCAGAAGUACCAGCCCAAGGCGUGGCUCCUCUACCUUGGUUGGGACCUGACUCUCGUUCCCGCUUGCAUGAUUAUGCACGUCCUCCUGCAGCACGACGCCCGCGACUUCAUCCACGACGAGGGUGUGUGGCUCGCGGACGCGGUUGUCUGGCUUCUGAUCCUCAUUUUCAUCUUCCGCGCGCUCUGGGCCGCACCCCUCGGCUUCAAGGAGAUCAUGAAGACCCCCAUGCACGAGCUUGAGUUCAAGCUUCAAGCCAAGGGCAUUGAGGUCUAA